GCCUGGGGGAUGGGCAGGGCCUUGGCUGAGCAGGCCCAAAGAGGCUACAGGACUUGGUCCGCGUCCGUGGCGACACCAGCCCCUCUCGGGUUUAGCAACCGAGAGGCCGGAGUCUGGGAGCUGGCAGGAGUCAGGACACCGGGGCUCAGCUGGACCCUGCUGUCCGGCGGCCUGGAGGUCCCUGGGCGCUUCCCUGGCGGAGCCCGAGGCAGAACGGCUUGGGGGGGAGUGAUCCCAGUGACAGUGGCUCCGCCGCGGUGGGGGCUGGGCCCUGAAAGGCUGUCCCCCCCCCAGGGAGGGGGCUCCCCCACCCCACCCCGAGGAGUUAAGGGGGCUGGGGGCCGGGCAGGGGAGGGAGCUGUGUCUCGUGAUGCUGUACUUCCUCCCCGCCGGCUCUGCCACUCGCUGCAGGGCCACCAAGCGGCCUGGUCCCACGGGUGCCCCCUGGUCUCUGGCCGCGCUGUGGGGAAGGAGGGGGCUCAGCAGGUCUUCCCUAAGAGGGGCCGGGAGGUCCUGCGGGCCUGUGUCCCCACGAGCAGCUGCCGGACGCCCUCUUCCUCCCCUGUGCGACUGGGCCUGGUGCCUGGCCUGGCCGGCGGUGUGUCCGCCCUGGCUCGCUCCUUCUUCCCGCCAGACCCGUGUGUGUGUGUGUGUGUGUGUGUGUGUGUGUGUAAUGUUUAUCACUCCCCAAAUGUCCAGUGUGUGUGUGUGUGUGUGUGUGUGUAAUGUUUAUCACUCCCCAAAUGUCCAGUGUGUGUGUGUGUGUGUGUGUGUUUAAUGUUUAUUUGUUUUACUUGAAAGGCAGAGAGAGAGGUCUUCCUUCUGCUGGUUCACUCCCCAAUGUCCACAGUAGCCAGGGAUGGACCAGGCUGAAGCCAGGAGCCCAGAACUCCCUCUGGCUCUCCCAGAGGGGUGGCAGGGCCCACUUGGGCCGGCAUCCACUGCCUCUCGGGACACACGAGCAAGAAGCGAGAUUGGAGGCAGAGGGGCCGAGACGGGAACCGGCACAGAUGCGCACGGGACUGCUCUAGCCGGGCCUUAGCCCAGUGCGCCCCGACCGCUGUAGCCUAGGCCCCUGGAGUGUGCAUGGAACGCGGAGGACUUGAAUGACAGCCGCCAGGCACAAGGCUGCCAGGGCUCAGGCCCCCAGCCCGUGCUGGCCCCAGCCUCGUCCUGUCCUCAGGCCCUGCAGAGCUGGCUUAGAAGGGUGACGCUUGGAGCCCAGCUGCCCCGUGGCCUCACGGGCGGUGUUGUGUCCACAGUGUCUCAGUGCAGCUGAGGGGUCGGGGGUGGAGGCCAGGGGAGGUCAUGUGAGCCCCGUUGUUGCUGAACCUCAUUAGGGGCCAAGGCGGCAGGGGUCGGGCCUUGCUCGCUGGUGCCCUCCUGUGUGCCCUUUCCCGGCCACCACCCGUCCCCACACCUUGCCCCUGCCUGCCCAGGUGCGCACGGCAGCUGGGAUGCGGCGUGACCGCAGCCUUGGGUCAGUGCCCUGGCCCGGCAAGGCCGCCGUGGGUGGGUGACACUGAGCCAUUGCCAAGGAGACUUGGUGAAGCCAGCGUGGCGGAAGGAGCCACACGCCUGCCACCUCUGCUGUGCCUGGGCCCCGACACCGUGUGUCCCCUGGAGCUGGUCAGGGUGGAGUCCCAGCACCAGCCACCUCAGCUCCUGCAGACAGAGCCACGAACCCCCUGAACAAGGAGCUGGACUGGGCCAGCAUCAACGGCUUCUGCGAGCAGCUCAGCGAGGACUUUGAGGGGCCUCCGCUUGCCACCCGGCUGCUGGCCCACAAGAUCCAGUCCCCGCAGGAGUGGGAGGCCCUCCAGGCCCUGACGGUGCUGGAGACAUGCAUGAAGAGCUGCGGCAAGCGCUUCCACGACGAGGUGGGCAAGUUCCGCUUCCUCAACGAGCUCAUCAAGGUCGUGUCUCCCAAGUACCUGGGCUCCCGGACGUCCGAGAAGGUGAAGGGCAGGGUCCUGGAGCUGCUGUACAGCUGGACGGUCGGCCUGCCCGAGGAGGCCAAGAUCGCCGAGGCCUACCAGAUGCUCAAGAAGCAGGGGAUAGUGAAGUCUGACCCCAAGCUCCCGGACGACGCCAUCUUCGCCCUUCCUCCUCCACGGCCCAAGAACGUCAUCUUUGAAGAUGAGGAGAAAUCCAAGAUGCUGGCCCGCCUGCUCAAGAGCUCGCACCCUGAGGACCUCCGAGCAGCCAACAAGCUCAUCAAGGACAUGGUGCAGGAGGACCAGAAGCGGAUGGAGAAGAUCUCGCGGCGGGUCAGUGCCAUCGAGGAGGUGAACAGCAACGUGAGGCUGCUCACGGAGAUGGUGAUGAGCCACAGCCAGGGCGGCGCGCCCUCGGGCGGCAGCGAGGACCUCAUGAAGGAACUAUACCAGCGGUGUGAGCGGAUGCGGCCCACGCUCUUCCGACUGGCCAGCGACACCGAGGACAACGACGAGGCCUUAGCCGAGAUCCUGCAGGCCAAUGACAACCUCACCCAGGUGAUCAACCUGUACAAGCAGCUGGUGCGCGGCGAGGAAGUCAACGGGGACGCCACGGCCAGCGCCAUCCCUGGCCCUGCUGGACGCUCCCCUCCCGCCCUAGGGAGCACGUCAGCCCUGCUGGACCUCUCGGGCCUGGACCUCCCUCCUGCCGGGGCCACGCCCCUGGCCCCGCCUCCUGGCCCUGGCAGCCAGGCCAGCCCGGAGCAGCUCAGCGCCUCAGUUUCCCUGCUUGACGACGAGCUCAUGUCCCUGGGCCUGAGCGACCCCACACCCGCUGCGGGCCCCGGCUUGGAUGGCGCCGGGUGGAACAGCUUCCAGUCCUCCGAGGGCACUGAGCCCCCAGCCCCCACUCCGGCCCAGGCCCCCAGCACGCACAGCCGCCCCCCGGCACCGGCGUCCGUGCCGACGAGCAGCGGCCUGGAUGACCUGGACCUGCUGGGGAAGACACUCCUGCAGCAGUCGCUGCCCCCGGAGUCCCAGCAAGUGCGGUGGGAGAAGCCGCAGCCAGCGCCCCGGCUCACGCUGCGGGACCUGCAGAGCAAGAGCAGCGGCAGCUCGCCCAGCUCCAGCGCCGGCUCCAGCGCCGGCAGCCUGCUCCACGCCACGUCCCCGGAGCCCCCUGCGCCCGCGCAGCAGCCCACGCCCACCGAGCUCUCCCUUGCCAGCAUCACUGUGCCCUUGGAGUCCAUCAAACCCAGCAGCAUCUUGCCCGUGACUGUGUACGACCAGCAUGGCUUCCGCGUCCUCUUCCACUUCGCCCGCGACCCCCUGCCGGGGCGCGCCGACGUGCUGGUGGUGGUGGUGUCCAUGCUGAGCACAGCGCCCCAGCCCAUCCGCAACAUCGUCUUCCAGUCGGCUGUCCCCAAGGUCAUGAAAGUGAAGCUGCAGCCACCCUCGGGCACGGAGCUGCCCGCCUUCAACCCCAUCGUGCACCCCUCAGCCAUCACCCAGGUCCUGCUCCUCGCCAACCCGCAGAAGGAGAAGGUUCGCCUCCGCUACAAGCUCAUCUUCACCAUGGGCGACCAGACCUACAACGAGAUGGGGGACGUGGACCAGUUCCCCCCGCCCGAGACCUGGGGCAGCCUCUAGAACGGGGAGGAGGGCGGGGCCGAGCCACCGGCCAGCCCGGGACCCCCUGUGCGCCCCGCGGCCACGCCUCCGCCCCGGCCUGGUGCUUUGCCCCACCCCUGCGGCUCCCAGUGACUCUGCCUGCUCCCUCCUGAGGCUGGGCCUGGGUUUGCACUUCUGGGGCCCCAGCACCAGUGGGAGCCUGGGGCCGAGACGGGCUGCAUGGGCCUGGAAGGACCUUGGGUGGCGGGAAGAAGCAGGCUGUUGGGGAAGGGCAGGCGUGGAGGCAGCCCCACCCCGGCCUGCGGCGGCGUCUUUACCGCCUGUCUCUUAUGCCUUAUGGGAAGGCCCAGCCAUAACCCGGGAGCCGUGCUGGAGCUGGGGCCAGCCUCGCCUCCGCCAUAGGACGCCCGUGAACGGGGGUGGCCCUGCACCCCCAGCUAUUUGCACUCUGGUGUGUGGUUUGACUCCGCUUUUCUUUCAGAGUGGCCCUGUGGUCACGGUCGCAGGGGGCUGCACCGGGGGAGCCCCACCCGGCCCCACCUCUGCCCAGGAGGCCUCCCUCGGCCCCGGGUCUGCUGUGGGGCUGUGGGGCCCCUGGAGUCCUCAGUGUGACCCCUUCGGUCCUUGGCCUCUGCUGGGGCCUCCUGUCCACCCCCGUCCGUGGUCAGAAGUGGGCUCAGUGUGAGUGGGAGGAGUAUUUAUGAAAAUAAAAUGUCCAUUUUCCUGGA